AUGUGUGUCGGGCCAAUACGGGACGCUAGCACAGUCUAUUACCAGUGCAGUUCGACAACCACGUAUUAUUAGGACUCGCCAGCAUGGCAUAGCCGGCUUGCCUCAGUUAAACGUCAUCGGGAACAACUUACAGGGCGACUUCAACUCGAACGAAGUGCUUUAAACCACAGCUUGUAGUCUUGGGAGUGCAGGUAUUUUUGGGGUAUUUUUCGAACUUUCCGACGAGCAUCCCUAUCACUUUUACCCUGAAGAACCCUAAGGAACACACCCUUUCUUGGAUAACAAGCGGAGUUUUAACCCUAUUUAGGACAAAGAACAAGAAAUUGAUUCCUACUUGAAAAUAAAAUUAUAAAAUUUAAAUAUAAUAAAAGCUCAAAAACCCUCCCCGGGUUACCGAUUGCACCGCCCGUAUCACGCCGAGAUUGUGACGAACGAAUGCCGACGGACGAGUACUCUGACUUCUUUUGCGAAGAGCUAAUGAGUGUAUGCCUUAGCUUACGGAAAAAUCUGCCAGUUUGGUACAUGGGAGUAAAGCUUCUUCAUGGAAACGUUCCGAUUGAUUGGGCUCCCUGUGGUAGCCUUGUUAAAGCUCAAAUUAAGGUAAGUACUCCAUGUGUUGGUAAUUUUGAAUACCCUGUAGAUCUUAAUUUGCGUAAGAGUGUACAUGAAGUAUAUAUGCAAAGGACAAGAUGGAGGAUCUACCAGACGAAAUAGUAACCUCAAUUCUCGACUAUCUGGAUCCGCUAGCUAAGCUACGCCUUGCCCGAGUCAACAAGAGGUUUUGGCAGAUCGCUACUGAUCCGUUUCUUCAUAGGCAUUCUGUUUUUAGAAGUGAGAGCUACCUCGCUGAAAACUUUAUCACUUCUUAUAUCAAGAGAUACGGCAGUAAUCUUCAUGGUCUGGGGCUAUCGGACUUCUACUGGUUAAAGUUACCUGUCAUUUCAUCUAUACCUAUGUGCUGUGGAAACCUCCGCUACUUGGACCUAGCCGGCUGUGUGGAGAUCCCUGUGCACAUGGUCUUUGCAAUUUUUAAACAAAAUCCUAAAAUCAAUCAUUUUGGAUGGACUGUGCCUCUUGAUUUCAUACACAAUCUCAAAAACCUGAGUUUACACCAAGGCCAGUCAGCACUAGAGCGAAUAAAAGUACUGUCAGUAUUAUUUGAAGAUGUGGUAUCCUUGAAACUUGCAUUGCUUGUCUAUCCCAUGAUUAUAUACAAAGAUGGUUUUGAGCCUGAGUCGUUAUUAUUUAUUCAUAUUAUUCCUGGGGUCAUUUCCCCAAGGCUCAAGUCUCUUGAUGUUGUGUGUUUAGACAGGGCACAAUACAUGGUACAACCAAAACUUUCCUGUGUGGUAUUAAAAAUUUCUAUUGUGCUUAAAGAGUUGGUUGACACAAGUGACUUAUCAAGCACUCAGUUGCAUAAGCAGUUUUUAUCCACAAGGGAACUGAUUGCCUCUGCCUCAAUCUCCCCACACGGUGGCAUUAUAAAAGGGUGGAUAAAGCAUCUUCUUGUGCAAAAAAGCCAUACAAUAAAGACACUCGUUGUUGCUGCUCCACCAUUUCUGAACUUUUGGAUUUCAUUGCUGGGUAAUGGUCUGCAUAUGUGUGACAUUAAGACUCUGAAAGUCCUGGAUAUCAGCUUUUGUCAGGAUGUCCCUGUGUACUGGAUGUCAUCUGUUUUCCAUGCAAAUUCUCUACGAGUUGUGAAUGUGUCCCACAUGGAUUGUGUUAGUGGGGAGUUACUCAAGGUCUUGGCAGAGGGUUCGCCAUAUCUUGAGAGUUUAAACCUUCAGGGGUGCCAUGACUGUCUACAGCCAAUUGAUGGGUUGAAAUUGUUGUCAAAGAGGUGUCAAAAGCUGAGACAUCUCAACCUAUGUAGGGUUCACUACCAUUCACAUACUUCUUGCAAUGAACUCCUAAGAGUAAUAUCUGGAAUGAAGAGUUUACUAUCUCUUGGACUAGCUGGCUGUAGCGUCAUGUAUGGUGAUGAGUCUCAACAUGUAGCAGCAGCUUUACCAUCAGCCGCACCCCUAGAUGACCCUUCAAGCAAUGCCAGCAAUGCCAAUGCUUACAACAUUGUAACUGGUUGUCAAGAUGAUACAAGUAAUGAUGAUAGUAACAAUGAUGAUAGUAACAAUGAUGAUGAUGAUGAUGAUGAUGAUGAUGAUGAUGAUGAUGAUGAUGAUGAUGAUGAUGAUGAUGAUGAUGAUGAUGAUGAUGAUGAUGAUGAAUAUAGUGACUCCACUGAGAGUGACACUGAAAGUGAAGGUGGUAAUUUUAACAAUCAUAAUGACAACAAGUUAGAACUUAGCUUUCAUUUAAAUCAAUUUAACAAUGAGCAAGAGACUUUAUCCGAACCAGAAGAGAUAAUGACCAACGGAUUGCUGAACCUUGCCCAGCGUUGUGUCUUUCUUAGGCAAAUUGAGAUUAUCAACCCAGGAUUUCAUUCUGUGCUGAGACAGGGAUGGAUGGCAAGUCGUCCACCACCAGAAAGAUCCCAUAUCAUAUUUGAAUGCCCUGAGCAGCAAAGUGAGAUGUUUGAUGCCUUGGCUUACUGCCAGCACCUACAAAAGCUCACCAUAGCAGGAAUGGAUGUACGCAAAGGUCUGGAGUUUCUUGUCAAGAUUGCUUGUUCCUGUUCUCAGCUUAGUUUCCUGUCCUUAGCCCAACUGCAAGGUCUUGAAAUGUCCUGCCUACCGACCCUCACAAAGGCUUUGUCUUACUGCUGGAGUCUAACACAGUUCAGAUUUGAGCAGUCCUACUUUGCUGUCCCUGAGUCCCUUAUAAGCUCCCUGUCGAGUGCUGCUGGUCUGGAAGCUCUUUGUGUCGUAACCAAGGGAGGGAGCAUUGCCGUGUCAGCCAUACUUCCACUCUUUGAAAAGUGCCAUAGGCUGCGUGUGCUCCAAGUCUGUGCGGAUGCAUCAGCAUCUGAAGAAACAUUCAGGAAUAUCACGAGCAUCCUCUACAGCAAGUAUGGCACAAAGAGACCCGGCCUGGCUGUCUGUCUCUUCCCGUACGACAGCAACACCCGUGACUUGCAUGACAAGCUCUUUAACCACGCCCACGAGAAGGCCUUCCCCCUGGUUCACCUGCGCAACUUGUCGUUGUUUGGGUCACAAGUUGCAACUGGCAUCAGAUAGCCACGCGACUCAUGAGGGAGAUUGAGGUGAAGGGAAUUCAUAGCAAUGUUUGCUUUACCUUUAUACUUGCUGGUCUUGUAUAAAUGGCCUGAGAAAAAGGAGUUUUCUGGACAAAGUUUUUUAAACAUUCUUCGCUAUAGUCCCCAUUUGACGAAAAUUAGCUCUCUAUCUAUUAUUCCUAGAAAUGGGUGUACAGGAAAAUUGAGAUCUUCUAAAUAUGGACAUAUGUGCCCAUAUUAGGCAAAACAGAGAAAUGUGAUAAAAUAAAUUGCCGUAAUUGCAA